AUGUUACAGAAUUUCCCACUACUGAUCCUCUUUUGCAUCUAUUCCUUGCCCACGCUGAUACAAGGAUCGAAUCAACAUGAAAGAAAGCCUUACAUUGUAUACAUGGGAGAACUGCCAGUGGCUAACACCUAUACCCUGGAAGACCAUCACCACAACUUGCUGGCAACUGCGAUUGGAGACCAGCAGUUAGCUAGAGAAUCCAAAAUACAUAGCUAUGGAAAGAGCUUCAACGGAUUCGUUGCACGACUUUUGCCACAUGAAGCAGAGAAAUUACUAGAGGAGAACAAUGUGGUUUCUGUUUUUCCAAAUAGAUAUAACAGAUUACACACGACAAGAUCAUGGGAUUUUCUUAGAAUGCCUCUAAAAGUGAAAAGACGCUUCAAUAUAGAAAGCAAUAUCAUUGUCGGUCUGUUAGACACAGGAAUUUCGCUUGAUUGCCCCAGUUUCAACGAUAAGGGGUAUGGGCCUCCCCCACGCACAUGGAAGGGCAAAUGCAUGACAGGAGCCAAUUUCACCGGAUGCAACAACAAAUUGAUCGGAGCAAAAUACUUCAACCUACAAAACUCAACCGAGGGAGAUCUUAGCCCUGCCGACGAAGAUGGCCAUGGCACUCACACCGCGUCGACGGCAGCCGGCGUGGUGGUAAAGGGUGCCAGCCUUUACGGCGUAGGGAAAGGCAACGCGCGUGGCGGCGUGCCAAGUGCCCGCAUAGCAAUGUACAAAGUGUGUUGGAGUGGGUGCAGUGACAUGGAUUUGCUGGCUGGUUUUGAUGAAGCCAUAGCUGAUGGUGUCAACCUCAUAUCUGUGUCAUUAGGAGGGACACCAAGGAAGUUCUUCAGUGAUCCAAUGGCAAUUGGAGCAUUUCAUGCUAUGAAGAGAGGGAUUCUCACCUCUUGCUCCGCCGGCAACAGUGGUCCUUCCACCAUGACAAUUGAAAACGUGGCUCCUUGGAUUUUGACUGUGGCGGCUUCCGCCACCGAUCGGCGAUUCACCACCGUGGUAGACCUUGCUGAUGGCAAGAAAGCUGCUGGAAUAUCUAUUAACACCUUUUCCCCAGAGAAAAAUAUGUACCCACUAACUAGUGGAGCCCUUGCUUCCAACGUUAGCGGAGACAGCUAUGGCAAUGCCAGUGCAUGUGAUUAUGGGACUCUAAGCAUGGACAAGGUAAAGGGAAGGAUCGUGUAUUGCCUUGGCAUGGGCAACGAGGACUUCGUCAUCAAAGGAUUAGGUGGAGUAGGAACCAUUGUGAGUGUUUCAGAUCAAACAGAUUACUCCCCCUCCACCACUAUUAUUCCAGGGGUCUAUGUUGAUGCCAAAGCUGGGGGUAAAAUCAUUGACCUCUACAUAAAUUCCACCAAAAAUGCUCAAGCUGUUAUACACAAAACUACAAGUACAAGAAUUCCUGCACCAUUUGUUGCUUCUUUUUCAUCUAGAGGUCCUCAAUCCAUCACCUUCAACAUCCUAAAGCCUGAUUUGGCUGCUCCAGGAGUGGAUAUUCUAGCUGGGUAUUCCAAAUUAGCAACAAUAACAGGUUCCUCUGAAGACAACCGUCGUAACUUUUUUAAUAUAUUAUCAGGAACAUCUAUGGCUUGUCCACAUGCAACUGCUGCUGCAGCCUAUGUCAAAUCUUUCCACCCUGAUUGGAGCCCUUCUGCAAUUAAAUCUGCUCUCAUGACCACUGCAACUCCAAUGAAAAUCAAAGAUGACACAAAAGAGCUAGGAUCCGGGUCAGGACAGAUUGACCCAGUGAGAGCACUGGAUCCUGGCUUACUUUACAACAUCAACAUCAACUCCUAUAUUGCAUUCCUAUGCAAAGAAGGCUACAACAGCACCAGCAUCGGAAUACUAAUUGGAAGCAAAGGUUUUGAUUGCUCCAGCAUUGAGUCUCCAUCAGGCACUGAUGGAAUCAACUACCCUUCUAUGCAUAUUCAGAUCAUACCUUCAAAUUCCAGCAUUUCUGCAGUCUUUUAUAGGAAUGUGACCAAUGUUGGAUUUAGAAACUCGACUUACAAAGCUAAAGUCACAGCACCAAAGGGUCUUUCCAUUGAGGUUAUCCCAGACACUUUAAAGUUUAGUGAGUUGAACCAAGAAUUGUCGUUCAAGGUUGUCCUUAAGGGGCCUCCAAUGCCGAAAGAGACAAAGAUAUUAUCAGCAUCACUUGAAUGGAAUGACUCUAAACACAGUGUAAGAAGCCCAAUAGUGGUCUAUAAACCGACUUUGUGA